AUGAAUAGCAAGGGUUUUGUGAGAGAUGAGAUGGAGGGGCGGCCACCUGACCGUGGAAAGCAACCUCUGAUUACUGAGUAUCUCCGACCUAGAACUACACUAGUGCCGGUUGGAGUAGGAGAGGGUCGGCCUAAGGAGAUCAAUGGAGGACAUAAGGAGAGGAUUUCUGAUGAUCUAAGUAACCAUAGACCUGCUGAGAAGAGGUCCUACUCUACGGUGGUAGGGAAGGCGAUUCCAGAUGUUGGGCAACUUCCUGAGCCGAUCCAUGCUGGAUCGCUCACAAAAAUAAUUAUUCCCCAAGACACGUACGAGGAGAGGCUCCUGAGGUUUAGAUUCGCUCUGAUUGGAAGGGUUAAUUUUAGAUUCAUCUCUCUGGAUAAUAUUAGAAAAGAGGCUGAGAAAUCAUGGAAUCUCAAAGGCAAUGUCAAAAUGGCACCCAUGGGGAAGGGGUACAUCCUGUUUCAAUUCGACACUGAGGCGAAUAUGGCAUCAAUGUGGAGGACGAGUUUGACGAAGGUCAGAGGACAGAUUAUUAGAUUUCAACCAUGGAGGCCUGAUUUUGAUGUCCAUACCAAUAACCCCUCUACCAAACUCAUGUGGAUUAGGUUUCCGGACCUACCCCUUAAGUAUUGGCAUGAGAGGAUUCUUCUAACCAUGGCUAAGGCGGUAGGAAGGCCGGUAGCUUUGGAUAAGCACACACGUUCAGCCGCGAUGGGCACUUAUGCAUGUGCUCAAGUUGAGAUCGAGAUUGGUGCUAAACGCCUUGAAGAUUUCAGGUCGUGA